AUGGCGACCCCGUCGUCCCACGGCGUCCCCCUCCGCGUGCUCCUCCUCGCGCUUCCCCUGCUCUCCAUCCUCAUCGUCUUCCAGCUCCUCCACCGCCCCACUCCCCUGCCCCCGCCGCUCCUCCGGACGCACGCCGACGCGGCGUCGUCAUCGCACCGCGCGGAGGAGGAGCCGAGUUCCCCUCCACUCACCUCCAACGUACCUCCGCCCCCGGCGCCGAAGCCGGAGGAUUCAUCAUCGGAGCCGACGUCCCUGCGCCACGUGGUGUUCGGAAUCGCCUCCUCCAAGCGCACGCUGCCGCUCCGGCUCCCCCUGCUCCGCCUCUGGCUGCGCGCCCCCGCGCGCGCCUUCCUCUUCCUCGACGCGCCGGCGCCCGACGCGGACGCGCGCGACCUCCCGCCGGGCCUCGCCCUCCGCGUCUCCGCCGACGCGUCCCACUUCCCCUACACGCACCCGCGCGGCCUGCCCUCGGCCGUCCGCGUCGCGCGCAUCGCCGGGGAGCUCGUCUCCGCGCUCAAGCAGCAGCAGCUGCAGGAGGAGGAGGUGCGGUGGCUCGUGCUCGCCGACGACGACACCGCCUUCGUGCUCCCGAACCUGCUCCACACGCUCCGCAGGUACGACCACCGCGAGCCCUGGUACCUCGGCGCGCGCUCCGAGUCCGCGGCGCAGAACGCGUGGCACGGCUUCGCCAUGGCAUACGGCGGCGGCGGCAUCGCCGUCAGCUGGCCGCUCGCGCGCCGCCUCGCGCGCGUGGUCGACUCCUGCGUGCUCAGGUACCCGCACCUCUACGGCAGCGACGCCAGGAUCUACGCCUGCCUCGCCGAGCUCGGCGUCGAGCUCACCCACGAGCCAGGUUUCCACCAGAUCGAUCUUCAUGGCGAUAUUUCUGGGCUGCUAAGAGCACAUCCUCUUUCCCCUUUCGUUUCACUGCACCAUCUCGAUCAUGUGUAUCCUCUUUAUCCUGGAAUGGAUCGGACAAGAGCAAUGCAACAUUUCUUCCGAGCUGCUAGUGCUGAUCCAGCCAGGAUUCUGCAACAAACAAUGUGUAUAUGUUUAACACCAAACAUUACCCCAGAGAUGAGUGCAAAAAGAGGAGGUCUUUUCUUCCUGAAAAGCAUUACUUCGGGGGAAGGCAAGACAGAAACCACCUACAAUAGACAGCCACCUAGGAAAUGCUCGCCUGACUUGAUCCCUCUGAAGAAUCUGCGUCUGAUAAAAGUGACAUCAGAACGACUGCAGCUGGCUCCUGGGAAGGCCUUAAGACGCCAUUGCUGUGACAUCGCACCUUCUUCAUCUGAUACUAACAUAGGCCUUAACAUCAGAAAAUGUGAAGAUGAUGAGCUGAUCGCGAUGCAUUCAUAA